GGCGUCUCCUCUUUUCCCCUUGUCUUCCAGUCAGCCCCCACGCCUUCCUUCCUCCUCCCUGUGCUCUCCCUCUCAGACACGGAUGCUGCCAGAUCUCGGCAACCCGUUGGCCGGACAUCUGCGCCAACAUCCCCGCCGUGGUAACUGACUUCCGGUGGCCGCCGCCGGAUCCUCUCCUCGCCGGCGCCUUGUUAGUGAGUGAUGACGAAACCUCUUUGGACCACUCCCGUGUUUUGUUUAUAAUGAUUGCUUGGCAGCUUGGAUGGUCUGCUGGUCUACAGACAACUGCUGUAGCCAGUCAUUUCAGAAAUAGUGCAGGAGGAAUGAUGGAUCAAAGCUGGACAGCCUGCUGGUCUACAGACAACCUCUGCAGACAUUCAUUUGAGAAAGAGUACAGGAGGAAUGAUGGAUUGAAGGGAAGUCUAAGCCUCUACUACUUCUCCCCAUCCUUUUUAUCUUCUAAGGCUUGGGGCUUUAAGACCACUUGGGGCAAACCUUGGCUGGAGCUGACCACUAAGAAGGAUCUUUUCGAAGAGGACCUUGGAGACUACCAGAAACUGAUCGGUAUCCAUAUUUCUCAGUUCAAGAACCUGCUAAUCAAGCAGGGACUGUAUGAUGCUAGCAUUAGCCACGUCGAUCCCCAACAAAUGAAGUUGACAUUCGACGACAUCAUGGUUGUACAAGUGAGGAAGGGGAAGAAGAAAUUAGGCUCGUGUCUAGAGGCUGAGCCCUCAAAAAGGAAGAAGUCGAGUUCUUCUAGCCCACCUCGACCUCAGCUGAAGUCUUCCACAGCGAUGGUGGUUUCAUUGGAUGUGGCUUCGAGGAGGAAAGCAUGAUGCUGAUGAAGACUUUGAGGAAGGAUGCAUUGGCUUUGAUAGAUGGUUAACUUGCUAGUGAAUUGAUAAAUCUCCUCAUUCUCCCAACAGAUCGGAGUUAUGGAGGAACAUUUUGAUCGAAUGUGCUUUGGAUGCAAGUUCAAUCAGCAUCAUUUCUAUGGUGCACUCACUUCUCUUUAUUCAAGAAACCUUAGCGGAACAUGAUCGGACUAAGGCUUCUCUUAAAGAGAAGUUAUGGAGAGCUGAGGAUGGGUUGAAGUUAGCUGAGAAGUUAAAGGCUACCUCCAAGAAGGUUGAAGAAGACAAGGUUCCGUUGGAAUCCGACCUUGAAGAGUCUUGGAGGAGAAUAAAAUCUCUUGAGCAAGACAUCAAGAAGGAAUAGACUGAGAUGAGAAAGAACUUGGCCGAGCAUCGAUAUUAUAAGAAGACAACCGAUAAGGCCCUUCUUGCUAUCGAAGAGAGGGUGAAGUGCACGGGAGCGAAGGUGGUGGAGAAUAAGGCAUCUGAUGACUUCUAGUUCAAGUUCACUGAGGGUGCCAUUUCCUCCUACCACAUCAGCUUCAAAGAGUGCCUCAAGAAGGUGAAAGAGUUAUUCCUCAAGGUCGACAUCAGCUGCAUCAUCCCAUGACUGAGUGAGCUGAUGGAGAGUGAAGACAAAGAGGAUAAGGCAUCUGCUCUUGAAGCGGCUAUUCCUCCCGAAGUGGCUACUAGUUCAGAUACUGUAGCUCAUGCUGAAGUGACGAUCACUAUGGUCAUAGAGUCUUUUGCUCUCGAUCAGGCAUA